AUGCUCUUGUUCCUAUUCACCAUAGUUUUGUCCGCCCUUUCAGUUGUCAUUCCACAGUGUCAACCUCCAAACGGUGAGCCUUUUCAGGUUGAUUCCGAGAUUCUAAACUAGAUUUAGAUUGUUCGGUUCACGUGUUCCGAGUUCGAUUGUCGCAGAAACCAGAGGAUGAAGAACCUGAGAAUACAACUUACAAGGUUAUUUGUUAAAUUGACAGGACGUCAUACUGAACAUUUGUCUUAUUGUCAGGCUGUGCAAAACAACGAAUAUGGCACGAAUUACUAUGAGAUAAGGGGCGGAAAAGAAAUGACUCCAAAGUUGGCGGCAGAGAUCAUUCAGAGUAUGGGAAAAGACGCGGAUCCCAGACUAAAGGUUGGAGUGGGCGCUCAGCUAUCAACAGAGAAAACUAGCAUUUAGGAAAAGAUUAGCAAUAAGGAGUUCUACUGGAAGGCUGUAGAACCGGGAGGUGCGGAACGAGCCAUGUCGGCUUCUAUCCCACCUCCGCCCGCCACAAAACAACGUACUUCGACAGUAAGCCAUCUAGUCCAAUUUCUUUAUGAAACAAAACGCUUUAAAAUCAGCCCGAAAACUCGUCCUUCAAGCCCAAUGAAUUUCCUGUUCUUCUGGUCACUCUCCUACUUUUCGUCGGAAUAUUCCUAGGAAUCCUGCUCACCGCAUUCUGCUUUUUCAUGGCCAACAUGCGAAAAGAGCCGCACUUUGACAGAUCGAGCGCAGUCAUCUACAGCAAAGUGGACGAAACGGCGACAGAAAUGAGGCCAAUGCUGCGGAGAGAUCAACAGAUCGACAUCUUGAGACAAGAGGCGAUGGAGAAUUCGUCUGUGACUCGUUCGAUGUCUUGUGAGUUCUCAGUUCUCAUUAAAAUAAUGGAAGUGUAAGGACAAAUGAAUUUCAGCCGGAACUCGUAUUGGUCCAGCCUUUCGAAACGGAAACUCUCUUCAACUCGCCAACAGUCGACACAUAUCGCUUUAA